CGUCAAUUUCCUACAUCAAGACCCCGGAUGAACCUGCCAUUGGGGGAAGUGAACAGAGCCAUCAAAGCACAAUAACUGAAAUUUUGCCCGUAAAGGGGAAUAUAACUGCUAGAAACCCUACUGUGCUAAUGCCAACAGCGGACUGAUUCUAUAGUUUCACCAAGAUACCACCAGAUUGGAUUUAAGCUGAGACAAGGGCACUUGCAGCAUUGAGCAGUUGAACUCAAGUUGGUGCUGGCAAAAGGUGCUGGUUACUGUAACGUAGCAAGCAAGAGCUCGCAAGCUUAGCGAGGCCAGCUAGCUUGUGCUACAGAAGCUAGUCCUAGCUAGCUACAGGAUCCGAAGAAAACGCAGUCUCUUUAGGGAACACGUCUAAUCAAGGAUCUACAACCAAAUCCGGCGGCUUGCUUGAUGAAUUAUGUCUGCCACAAGUAUUGACCCUCAGACGUCUAAAGGACAAGAUGCUAAAGUCUUUCCGGUUUCAGUCCAAAACGGCUCCCUCCACCAGAAAGAAACUGUCCAUGACAAUGACUUUGAGCCAUAUCUCACUGGCCAAUCUAAUCAGAACAACAGCUAUCAAUCCAUGACUGACCCCUACUUGUCCAGCUACUAUGCUCCCUCGAUUGGAUUCCCUUACCCUCUCAGUGAGGCUCCAUGGUCUACUGGUGGUGACCCUCCUAUUCCUUACUUGACGCCCUAUGCGCCACUCAGCAAUGGAGACCAUCACUUCAUGCACGACACUGUAUUUGGGCAGCCUGGGGGGCUUGGUAGCAGUAUAUAUCCUCAUAGGUUUAACUUUUUCCCUGAAAACCCAGCCUUCUCAGCCUGGGGUACUAGUGGGUCUCAAGGCCAGCAGACUCAGAGCUCUGCCUACGGGGGCAGCUAUAGCUACCCACCCAGCUCUCUAGGAGGUACACUAGUUCCUGAUGGCCAGACAGGAUUCCACAGUGACACCCUGAGCAAGGCCCCAGGCAUGAACAGUCUAGAGCAGGGGAUGCUAGGGUUAAAGAUUGGUGGGGAUGUGACGGGAAGUGGCUCUGGCAUGAAGGGGUUGGGCUCUGUGAUUGGUGGUGGUGGAGGAAAUGGGGCUGCAGCGGUUGCCACUGGUAAUGGAGGGACUCCGAUAGGUAUGCCUCCUCCGAAGCCUACAUCCUGGGCUGCGAUUGCCAGCAAACCAGCCAAGCCGCAGCAACUGAAGGCCAAGACAAAACCUGGCAUGCCUAUGCCUGGGGGAGCCUUGCCACCACCACCCAUCAAACACAACAUGGACAUUGGUACAUGGGAUAACAAAGGGCCUAUAACCAAGGUGGCCCCCCCUCUGCCCCUUCACCACCAACAUCAGCACCAGCAGCAGCUCCACUCACAUGGUCAUCCUCACCUCCCCCAUGGACUCCCGCCUCCCCCUCAACAAUCCAUUCAGUCAGCUCAGUCUCUUGUGCAGCAGAUGACCAUGCAGGGCCCUCCCCCUCCUCAGUCCUACCAGAACCACACCUCAGCUCCACUGCCUCAGACCCGCUGGGUUGCCCCACGCAACCGAAACCCCGGCUAUGGUGGGGGCAGCAUGGACAGCAGUGGCUCUUCCAGUGGGGGAGGUGUGGGGAACGGAGGGGGAGGGGGUGUACCUCCAGGAUCUGGUCCAGGUGUAGACUCCCACCCUGUGCUGGAGAAGCUGCGAGCUGCCCACAGCUACAACCCCAAGGAGUUUGAGUGGAACCUGAAAAAUGGACGUGUGUUCAUCAUCAAAAGCUACUCUGAGGACGACAUCCACCGCUCCAUCAAGUACUCCAUCUGGUGCAGCACAGAGCACGGCAACAAGCGCCUGGACGGAGCCUUCCGGACCAUGAAUGGCAAAGGCCCUGUCUACCUGCUGUACAGCGUCAACGGCAGCGGGCACUUCUGUGGCGUGGCGGAGAUGCGCUCGCCCGUGGACUACGGCACCAGUGCUGGCGUUUGGGCACAGGACAAGUGGAAGGGCAAGUUUGAUGUGGACUGGCUGUUUGUCAAGGAUGUGCCUAAUAGCCAGCUACGCCACAUCCGCUUGGAGAACAAUGACAACAAGCCGGUGACCAACUCGCGUGACACCCAGGAGGUCCCUCUGGAGAAGGCCAAGCAGGUGUUGAAGAUUAUUGCCAGCUACAAACACACCACCUCCAUCUUUGAUGACUUCUCCCACUAUGAGAAGAGGCAAGAGGAGGAGGAGGAGGUGCGCAAGAACUUUGAACCAGCGCCUGUCCAGACCCGGUCUCGGCUGGAUCAGGAGCGCCAAAACAGGAGUAAACAGUAGAACACAUUUAUCCUUGGCUUAAUCAACAGUUACACUAGGACGUUUGAUUUAAAAGACAGAAGAAUAUGAAGAUACAAACAAGCCCUUUUUUCUAUUUAGUCCUGGUGAUUCUCUGCCACCGUCAAGACUUGCGCUUUCAGCUCCAGAUACCACCCACCUCUUGUGCAGGGAUAACAAGCUGAUUCCAUGUAUUACCUAGCCACCACCGCACUGUUUACGUCACAUUUUUAAUUUUCCGUUCUUUCCAUCUUGUAAUUUUCUCUCGUCAGACUGGGUUUGUCAAGUCCUCUCCUGCCCCUCUCUACUCUUCAAAUUGAAUCAGGGUUUGACUGCACCAUGGAGGGAAACACAUCUGCCACUUUAUAUCUCAGUACAAUCAGGAACAGAUGUGUCCUGCCCCUAUUUAUCCAUUGGGGGGCGGUGUUGCCAUUUUUCAGAGGUUUAACUGUGCCAACAGGGUUGGAGGAUCCAAAAGGCAACGUCGGACUUGGAACUGUGCGAUAAUAAGACUUCAGUGGUUUAUCUAUUUUUCAUUCAGAUCCACAAAAUCUAUAUUUUUGGCUGACUACUGCAGUUCAGAAACCUGCUUUUCUGGAGCCUUAAUGUUUUAUUUUAUAGUUAUUGAUGACUUCUCAAAAGAACCGCUCUAUAACUGACAGUGCUGGAAAUAUCAGGGAUAGUAGGAAGUCACACAGACUCGAGACAUUUCAAAGGAGGAAAUGCAAAGGCCUCUGGGAAGGAAAUAACUGGUGUGUCCUCCACUGCGGAACUCAUGAUUUGAAUCAAAAAUUGUACUACUUACGUCCCUCACACCCCUCCACUUUAGGUUCUUUUGAUAAAUGAUGUUCAUCAUGAAGGGGUUUUGUAUGUUACAUCGGGAGAUUAAAGUUUGUGUACGCAAUCCAGUCUGAGAGAAUUGUAGCACCCACCAUUUUAAAUUAAUUGUUUUAUAAUUAGAAUGAUGUGAUGUAACUGCUACAUUUGAAUGAAUUGUUUGUUGCUUCUUUUCUUUGGUAAUCACAGUGGUUAUUUGUUUGAUCACCAUCAUUCUGUCUUAAUCCUUAGUAGGGGGGGUUACUUCUCAAAUAUGGUUUUGCUAUAAAUCUAUCAUGUCCUUCGUAAUGCUGAGCUUUAACGUAGGAGUCUAUAGUAAUGGAGAAAGCCUAAAAUGUAUAACCUGAAAUUAAUGUAACUGAUUUACUAUCAAGAGUAAGAAAAAAAAAUCAAUAAUGAAAUAUGGUUUCUGUGUGUUUUUUGUUGUUGCUAAAUAGUUUGUGUGUCCUAAAAUUAAGUCAUUUAUAAAUGUAUUGUGAAAGAAUCGGGUAUACUUGGAAGACAGAUACAUUUAUUGGUGGUCGAACAUUAAAAUACAGAACACUAAUUAUAGAAUGUGCUGUCUUGCCAACAGCCUGGUUGUGAGUAGUUGGUGGGGUGGGGGGGGGCGGGAUGUGUCUCAUUCUCACAAAACAACUAGAUAGUAUUUAUCUUUUUAACUCCCUGCUGUCAGAAUGGGGAAAUGCUUACCCCUACACAUCAAACUGGUAACAUACAGACCUGUGUGCACUCAUCCCCAGAAUAUUUUGAACGCGAUGUCACCUUGUGUGUUGCAGAGCAGUGACACACAUUGUCACCUUCUGGAUGGUGUGAGUUGACAGAACAUACGUAGAUCUUAUAUGCUAUGUUUUCAUUUUGUUAUUUUGAGUUGUAUGCUGUGUGUGUGUGUGUAAAGCACUUUAGCCAAAUAUACCAUGCCCCAAAAGGUCAGUGUUUCUAAUGAAUACCAGUCGGGGGGCGUCUAUUGACAAGUGGUUCUUAGCAGGGUAGGGAGUCUGCAGCAGAACUGUUAUGACUGACUUAUUGUCCAACAGUGUAAGGUUUGACCAAUCACAUGAUCAUGUUGACGUAAUAUAAGCUUCUGCAUUUGCCUGAGGUCUGUUCCAGAUAGUAUGACUGAUACACUUUUCACCCAUUCUGAAAUAUUCAAAUUUUUGAAAAGCUGUAUUUUACUUUUCAGUGGCCAGUGUAGCCGCUAUUUAAGAACUGACAAUGUUCUAUUAAAGGGGACAUUAGGACACAUUUCAGCAUGCCUAAACUGAAUGUUGUUCUUUAUUGUCUAGUCAUCAUAUACCCCUGUGAGUCUUUUAGGGAUACUUAGUCUGUUUAUUAUUCUAAUACACACAACGUUUAAGUCAGUUUGGACUGGUUUUAUAAUCCCUCUCUCCCUGUCACCACUGAGGCCAGAGCAGUAGAUGAAGGUGAGAAGGAAAUGAAGCUGGAGGCUACUGAGAUGCCUUUACGUUAUCUUUGCGGAAAAAGCAUGUAAUGAUUGUGUGGCCUAAUAGUACAGGACUCACAACACAUGCUGAUAAAUGUUGAUAUGUUGCGCAAUAAAGGGCCAUGAGUAUUAUGGUUAUAAUUAUAGUAGAGUAGUACAGUGUUAAUACAGGAAAGAGACAAAUAAAGAUUAUUUAAAAUGUAUACACAUAUGAAUUGCAAACAAUUUAAAUAGACCACUGCUGUUCUGUCAGUGGAAAUUAAUGGAUCACCUUUCCCAUUGAGAAGAAUUCAAGCCUUAAUAAACAGCCCAUUAA